CUGUCUCCUUUCAAAAACCAAAAACAAAAAAAAAAGACUAUUUCGCCGUCGUAGGCGGAGAAAGAUGGGGGCGGCGGCGGCGGCGGCGGCUCCUCCGGCUCCCUCUUGGGGAAGCCCAAAACCUAACGCUAGCCCUAACCCUAGAUUCUACAAGCCCAAAUUCGUCGGAGCUCGAUCCUUGGCCCUCCCGAAGCGGAGCAGCAGCGGGUUCCGAUCGGAGCUCACGAGCCCUGAUCUCUCGCCAGGGAGAAGCGGAGCGACCGUCCACGUCUCCCGGAGCUCCCCUUCAUGUCUAAUGGCGGCCUCGGCGACGGUGGCUUCCUCCGUCGCCUUGCCUCCGAAGAGGUCGCGGAAGAAUGUUCUCCUCUUCUAUUGCGAGGAAAUGAGGGAGCUGGCCGAGCGCGUCGCCUCGGAGAUCGACGCCGUCGAGCUCCGCAGCAUCAGUUGGAGGGCAUUUGAGGAUGGAUUUCCCAACCUAUUCAUCUCAAAUGCUCAUGGCAUUCGUGGGCAGCAUGUAGCCUUUUUGGCCUCAUUUAGCUCCCCUGGAGUAAUUUUUGAGCAACUAUCUAUUAUCUAUGCAUUGCCCAGGUUGUUCAUCUCCUCAUUUACAGUUGUGCUUCCCUUCUUCCCAACUGGGUCUUAUGAGCGUAUGGAGGAGGAAGGAGAUGUAGCAACAGCCUUCACUCUUGCUAGAAUAUUAUCAAAUAUACCAAUAUCAAGAGGUGGACCGACUAGUUUAGUCAUAUUUGAUAUUCAUGCCUUACAGGAGAGAUUUUACUUUGGAGAUUAUGUCUUACCAUGCUUUGAGAGUGGCAUUCCUUUGCUUAAAAACAGGCUUCAGCAGCUACCUGAUUCUGAAAAUAUUUGUAUUGCUUUUCCAGAUGAUGGCUCAUGGAAGAGAUUUCAUAAGCAACUUCAGCAUUUCCCAGUGAUUAUCUGUAACAAAGUUAGGGAAGGUGACCAACGAUUUGUUCGUCUCAAGGAGGGAGAUCCCAAAGGCCGCCAUGUUGUGAUAGUUGAUGACUUGGUGCAAUCAGGCAGUACUCUGAUUGAGUGCCAGAAAGUAUUGGCAGCUCAUGGAGCAGCAAAAGUCAGUGCUUAUGUGACUCAUGGUAUCUUCCCUAAUAGAUCAUGGGAGCGAUUUCAGUAUGAUAAUGGAGUGGGUCCAGAGAAUGGGUUGAGCAACUUCUGGAUUACUGAUUCAUGUCCGCUUACCGUGAAGGAGGUGAAAAAUAGACCUCCCUUUGAAGUCCUCAGCCUUGCCAGUGCUAUAGCUGUUGCCCUUCAGAUAUAGAUCUAUCUAUCUUUCAGUAGAGUUUUAUCAGCCUGAUUAAACUCUCUUUGUUUUGUUUUUGACUGUGUCAUUUUUUUAAUCGAACCUUUUGUUGUUUGGGAGUUGAAUUUCCUUCAGCCACGGUACCGGUUUAUUACGGGUCCUCUGAGUGGUGGUAUGGGCUUCUUGGACAAAAACGGUGAGUUUGUUCUCGUGCGAUCCCACUGAGCAACGUUGGUGGUGGUGCGAUCCAGGCUACCAUCCGCUUUUCCAGCUGUUGAAUAUGUGUUGGUAUUUGGACACGAGGUCCGGGAUAAGCGGGUUUGUGCAGGGCCUGGCGUGGCAAACAUUAGUCGCGGUAUGUUGCCGGGGGCUCUUUUUGAGUCCAACAUAGAGGUAGGAAAAGACUAGCCAGUGAUUCAUGCAGACCCUGCAGCUCUUGCUGCUACAUAAUUGUUUAGCAUGUCAAGAUCGAGGCAUUAUUGGCUGGCCUAUAAUUGUUUAGCUUGCCAGGAUGGAGACAGUGACUGGGCUAUUUUGGGCCUACAAGAGCUAGAACUCAUAGUUUGUUCGGAGUAGAGCUGAAAUCAGAUCGGAUAUAAAUCUGAUACUAGGUUAUCUAUAUUUAUAUUUGUUUUGUUUGAUGAAUGUAGAUACAUAUAUAAAUGUUAGUCGGAUACACAAAUUUAUAUUCAUGUUUAUUUUAGAUGGA